CCCCUAAUUUAAGAGAGAGGAAGUACCGUCUGUAUUUCCGUCCUUUCAAUUGAUCACUGCGAGAGAACAUUUUCGGCUGCUGUGGCCCCCACCUCGAUCACAUUCAUCAUCAGCCUUCUCUGUUUUCUCGCUGCGGCGAAAACCCCUCCACCUGAAACUGCCAGCUCCGUCGUCUCAAUCUUCUCCAUCCUUCUCCUUAAGGCCUAAACCCUAGUCGCUCCCUCCGCCUCAAAAUCUCUCUCCCGCCAUUCGCUCCCGUUUUAUGGACUCUCGCCUCCUAUUUCACUCCAACCUUUAGCUCCUCCAAUUGCAUCGCCGCGUUCCGACCAUCCGAAUGGACUCUCGCCGUGUUUCUCGGGCCGUGAGCGACCCUAAGGUCAGGCAAGUCGGGUUCUUCGCGCCCGGAGCCCCGCCGGAACGUUCUCAAUCGGGCCCGCCGGAUCCGGCGUCUCCCCCCGUGUCCGAUCUCUCUCCAUCCAGCAAUUCCCUCUCUCCGGUGAUGAUUCCGCCUCCGCGGCACCUUUCGGCCGACCUCUCUCGCGUGGUCUCUCACUUCCCACCUGCUUCGCCUUCCCCGCUCCGCCGCGACUCCCUCCCAGUCGGCAGUUACAAUCCAUCUGAGUUUACCUCCCCCACUGCCUCCGACUUCACGGAGGGCAUCCACUCUUCUAGUCGAGCUCGCAAGGGAGACUCUGGGAAAUUUGCUACUUCCCUCCCUACUGGUGGAUUCGACAUGACCGGUUCCAAGCAGAACAGCUUUCCCGCAGCUGGUUUAACCACAGUUUCCAUUGUAAACGAACCUCAUGACGUACCUGAGAAAGAUGGACGAUUAUCUGCUGCAGCACAGAGAGAGCAAGCAACUGGUUCUAAACCAUUGAAAGAGAAAACCACCAAGGCUGAAAGGCGUGCCCUUCAGGAGGCUCAACGUGCUGCAAAAGCUGCAUCUAAGGCCGAUACAAGUAAGGGAACUGCUGCUGCUUCAGGGGAAGCUACUUCUGCAAGUGCAAAUGCAGGAAAGGCUUAUAAGGGUCAUGCACAAAGGAAAGAUAGCUCCCCAGUUGGAGCUUCUGAAAAAAGAGGCACUGAUCGUCUGGCUGAUAAAGAUAGGAAAAAAGAUGCGCCCCAUCCACGCAUGCAGUUUGAUGAUAAGAGCCGUGUGGAAAAAGCAAAGAAGCGCUCGGUAGUGAAACAAACUGAAGCAAGGAAUAGGGUUGAACUAUUCAGACAUCUGCCUCAGUAUGAACAUGGAACACGACUUCCCGAGCUUGAAUCAAAGUUCUUCCAACUUGAUCCAGUCCAUCCUGCUAUUUUCCAGGUUGGGCUAAGGUAUUUGUCUGGCGAUAUAUCUGGUGGCAAUUCCCGUUGUAUAGCUAUGCUUCAAGCAUUCCAAGAAUCUAUAAAAGACUAUUCUACCCCACCCGAAAAGGCACUAAUCAGGGAUUUGACUGCAAAAAUUAAUGCUUAUGUGUCAUUUCUAAUUGAAUGCAGGCCACUCUCAAUAACUAUGGGAAAUGCAAUUAGAUUUCUCAAAACUAAGAUCACAAAACUUCCUUUGACUUUGUCGGAGUCAGAAGCGAAAUUAACUCUUAUAAAAGAAAUUGACCAAUUUAUAAAUGAAAAGAUAAUACUUGCAGACAAUGUAAUAGUCAAGCAUGCCGUCACUAAGAUCAGGGAUGGCGAUGUUCUUCUCACAUAUGGAUCAUCAUCUGCAGUUGAAAUGAUAUUUUUACAUGCUCAUGAGCUUGGCAAGGCUUUCCGCGUCAUAGUAGUGGAUUCACGUCCAAAACUUGAAGGGAAACUAUUGAUUCGUAGAUUAGUGGCAAAGGGAAUCAAUUGUACGUAUACACAUAUAAAUGCUGUUUCUUAUGUAAUACAUGAAGCCACCAGAGUGUUUUUGGGUGCUGCGUCAAUUUUGUCUAAUGGAACGGUUUACUCGAGGGUUGGCACAUCAUGUGUUGCUAUGGUUGCUCAUCAAUUUCGUGUUCCCGUCCUGAUAUGCUGUGAAGCUUAUAAGUUUCAUGAGAGGGUUCAACUUGACUCAAUUUGCUCUAAUGAACUCGGUGAUCCAGAAGCAAUAGCAAAAGUUCCUGGUGAGAGGGAUGGUGAUCUCCAUGAUUGGGCUAGUUGUGAAAAUCUGCAGCUUCUAAAUCUAAUCUACGAUGCAACACCGGCAGAUUACGUUUCAAUGAUAAUCACAGAUUAUGGAAUGAUCCCCCCAACAAGCGUUCCAGUCAUUGUUCGAGAAUAUUGCAGAGAGCAUUUCUGGACUUAGUUGCCUGAAUGUUUAAAGACUCAGAUGCAGAAGAAUGUUUUGUUUUUUUGGUGUGAGAAAAGGUGCGUCUGCCGUUGACAUUAAAAUUUUCUAAAUUUUCCGAUUUCUCGAGUGAUUCUAAUUCCCUUUUUUGUCUGUGAAAUAAUGAUUUGUCAUGUGAUAUUUUAAUUUUGAGAUUUGGGAUUUCCUCAUAUUUUUCCUUGACACUCCGUGAAGAGAACGAUAUAUCUUUGCCUCUCCGGGUCCUUUUUUUUUGGUUUUUUGGGAAAUUAUCUUUGUAAGAGGCUAUUAUUGGGAUGCAUCAGUUUUGAUAGUAUUUUUCUUCUAUCCAAAGAAAGCCACUCUUUGUGCAAAGUUGAUGGGCUGAGGUAGAAAUGGUUCUCAUCGCAUUCUUCCUUCCCGG